CAGGAAAAGACGAUGGCGGUGUCUCAACCAACGCAAGAGAAAGAGAGCGAGGAUUGCUCUUUGCUGCCUUUAGUUCAUGAUAUUAUCAAAUGCAUGGACAAGGACAGCCAGGAUGUCCACCAAGAACUGGCCAAGCUGAAGGUAAAGAUCCAGGAGGCUCGGGAGCAGAUAUCCAACAUGCCCGGGGUAGACAGCAGUCCGCUGGAGCAGCAGCAGCAGCUAGCUACCCUGCGGGAGCAGGUCCGCACCAAGAACCAGCUGCUGCAGAAAUACAAGAGUUUGUGCAUGUUUGACGUGCCGAAAGCAUCGUGACAGCCGAAGACUGGAUUACUGCACUGAUUGGAGGAAGCUCACAGACAGUCGAGGUUUUGUUUUCAUCCUCACCUGUAGGGCAGUUGUGGCAUUCAAGAACACGGGGUGGACAAAUUAAAUGAACAAGGACUUCUUUUCCCUCAAUUGCAUCGCAAUGUAAAUUGUUUUUGAAUGUCACACACUGUCACUUUUUUACCUUGCGAAAAUGCAAACUUGCUUUAUAGUAUUUGUAUUCAAUGUAGUUUUUCAGUUAAUCCUUUUCUGUAAUAUCUUGCAAUUUUUGUAUUAAAAUAAUUGAUUAUCAACUAUUGGCUUACAGCCUUAUUUGAUUUGCCAACUAGUCAUACACAUUCUUUUAAGCCUGUGACCAUCAUAAAUUAGCCUAAGCAUCUUUUUGAUGCAAAAAGUAAGCAACGUGAUUAUUCAUCCGGUUGCUUUUAAGGGGAUUUGUUUGAUUUAGGGAUUUGUGUCAAUAGUGGAAUAUAUAAUGCCUAUCCACAUUUAAUUGGUGCAUGGCAGAUGGCUGAAAUACAGUUGAAAAAACAUGUUAAUGGUCCCUGUUGACCAUUAUGUCAGUUAUCUGCUUGUAAGAAGUGACAGGAUGAGCUAUCGGGCAUGUAUUAACAAAUGAAGAUUAUUUAAAGUGACAACCCAGAGGUACUGCUGCAUGACAUUUGUGAGUGCAGUGUUUUGUGUAACUUCACUGUGUUUUGCUUGAAAAGAAAGAAGAGGAAGACAGACUAGGAAAAUAACAAGUGGUUUUAUUUUCUCUUUUAUCCAAAAGUUGACGUAGACAUAAGUAAACAUUUAGAUUCAAAUUUGUUCGUAAUGCAACAAACAUUCAAGGUCCAACAAGUUUGGAGAGGAAAAAAAAAAAAGCAAAAUGUAAACUUUUUUUUCUGCAGUGCCGUUCUCUGCAAUCUAAUAUAGAGGCAGAUUUGUACAGUAUUUUCAGAGCAUCUACUGCAUCACUUCACGGGGACAGGCCUAUGAGCUGGGCCCCAUGUAAGUGUCUCAUCACAGUUUGCAUCACAAUGCGUCUCUCAGGCGCUGCAGGCUACAGUGUUUUGGGCUGUAUGCACAAUGGCUUCAGUUUAGUCUCAGGACGUCAGCCGCACACAGGCAAAGAAAAGUGUCAGCAUAUGAUGCAGCCUUUCUCUUUGGCCUGGUUGCCUCCUAUCGCUUUCUCCUUUAUGUACAUCAAGUCACUCUGCACGCUGGGUCUCCGUGCAAACGGCGCCACGAUACCAUAUGCGUUCCCAUCUUUGCGCUUCUUGCUUUUGAAGGACUUUCGGCGAAGAACCUCGCAGUACUGCAGGGAAACCUUGCAGUGCCGACCGGGGCACAUCUCGUUCGGCAGCUUGGCCAAGGUAAAGAGAGUCUGAAACAUUUGGUCCACGUUGGUGUUCUUCUUCGCUGAGAUUUCAAAGUAAGCGCAGUGCUCGUCUCCACCAACCAGCUGCUCGACCUCGUCCUCCUGCACCUCACGGUAAAAGUCUCUGUCACACUUGUUGCCACAGAUCACCAGCGGGACGUCCACGUUCUCCUUGGUUUUGUUUCGCAGGCAGGACUUGGACUCCUGAAUCUGGCGCUUCAGGCGCUGCACCUCUUGGAAGGACUCCCUGCUGUCCAGGCUGAAUACCAAGAUGAACACAUCACCUGGAAAACACAACGGAAGACGCGUUCAAUGUCAAAUAAUAAUAACAGUUUAAUAGCGACAUAUGCACUCUGCAAACUGCAUUAUGCUAUCGGCGUGACGUUUUAAAGCUCAACUCACCAGUUAGAAUUGAAAGCCUCCUCAUUGCAGGAAACGGAUGAUUCCCAGACGUGUCCAAAAUGUCCAGUUGGUAAACGUCUCCCCUGAUGCCGUAGAGUUUCCUAUGAAAGUCCUCAAUGGUGGGUGUGUACUGGUCGUCAACUUUCUCGUUCAGAAACCGAGAGAUGAUGGCUGUCUUUCCAACUUUAGUGGAGCCCAGAAUCACCAUCCUUUGGCAAUUCUUGGCCGGUAUGUUGAACUCAUUCUCAGAUGGUGCCAUUUUCUUAAUCAUGCUUGCAGCAGUUGCACCCG